AAAUGAGGCGUGUAGCUAGAAUUGCAUAAUCGAUGAUUAAAAAUAGAAUGCUAUAAUCUCUUUAAUAGAAGAUUGUUUAUCAUUUUGAUGAUAAUUACAAUAAGUUUUAUAAAGAGAAGAAUGAAAAUUUGGUAUUUUUUUAAGAUGAAAUUCAGAUCCACCCUACUUAUACUUCCAAACAUUUUAAAGUUUCAUCAAGUUCAAUUGUUUAAUACUUGGAAGAUAAGAAGAUGGAACACAAGAUAUAAGGAAAAUAUGUAUAAUUAAGAUAUUGUCCAUUUUGUCCAAAACAUAAUAUAGAGAAUCCUUCAAACUAAUAUGUUAUGGGGAUAAAUUUAGAGAAGUAUAUUUGAUAAAAUAUAGUUUAAGUGGGUCUUAUAAUUGUUUUAGAGCAACUUGUUAAGCAAAAGGUUCUUGGUUUGAUUUUAAGAAUUUUAUGAAUGGGAAUCUCAAUAAUUAACAACAAUAAAAUUAAUAGAGUUUAUAAUAAUAGCCAACUUAAAAGUUAAAUAUAUUUGAAUAUCACCAAUAUUAUGAGAGAUUAAAGUUGUAAGAACCAAAAAUAGUUUAUGAUUAUUUGACAGGAGAUGAUUGGGAAAAUGUAAAAUAUGCCUAUUAUUCACUAGUCAGAAUUAAAGAGGAAUUAAGGAUGAUGUGUUAAAAUUGUAUUUGAUUGGUAUUGAUAUAACUGAAAUUUAUGAUCCUUAGUAGGGAACUUAUAUAUAGGCUCCACUUAUAUACUUUCCUAUGUUUCGAUAUAGAAAUUAACACGAAAAGAAUAAAUUAAUAUAGAAAGCAUUGAAAUAGAAAAAGGAUGAAGUUUUAGCUGAAUAAGUGAUGAGUGAAGAAACAAAAUAAAAUAUUAGAUCACAAUUAGAUAAUUAAUUUGAUAAUUUAUAAUAUGAAUUAGUGAGUUGUAAAAUUAGAGCAGCAGGAAAGGACUUAAAACAUAUUUAAAAGAUUGAACCAAUGAAUGCAGCCAAAGGAAUAUUUGGAAUGCAUUUACUCAAAUAAGAUUCUACAUAAGUUAUUUUAACAGAAGGAGAAUUUGAUGCUAUGGCUGCUUAUUAAAUGACAAAUAUUCCUGCUAUAUCAUUACCAUAUGGUAUAAAUCAUAUUCCAGCUUAUCUUAUUGAAUGGUAUUAUAUUAUAAUUAUUAAAUAAGGUUGGAUUAAUUUGAGAAAUUAAAUGAUAUAAUAAUAUGGGUAGAUGAUGAUAAUCCUGGAAGAAUUAAUUCAUAGAAGAUUGCCCGUAAACUUGGUAAUGCAAGAACAAGAGUAGUCUAACCAUCUUUAAUUGAUCUUCAUGAUUAUCCUAAGGAUGCUAAUGAUUGUUUAAGAUAUUAUUAAGAUAAAGUAAUGACUUACAUUGAUCAAUCAAAAUGUCUACUAAAAAAGAAUAUUACUUAAUUUACUGAUUUUAAAUAAUUAACAAAGAAUAGAAUCUUAAAUUUUGAAUUAUCUAAAGGAACUUAAUCAUAAACAUUUAGAACAUAUAAUAAUACAACUAAAGGAUUAAGAACUGGAGGUAUAUUAAUUAAUAUUAAAAUUAGAAUUUACUAUUUUAACUGGACCUACUGGUAGUGGUAAGACAACUUUUUUGAGUCAAUUAUCUUUAGAUUUCUGUAAAGAAGGUAUAACAACACUUUGGGGAAGUUUUGAAAUAAAGACUGAUAGAUUAGCUGAACAUUAAUUAUUGCAAGCAUACAAAACAGAUUUAAUUAAAUAAAAAGAUUUGGUUGAUGUAGCAAUUUAAAAAUUUGAAAAUGAAAUGCCAAUUGUAAUAUAUUCUAUUUAUAUAUUUAUUAGUAUUAUAUGAAUUUUUAUGGAUCAACAGAUCUAGACUAGAUUAUUGAUACUAUUGAAUAUGCAAUUUAUGAAUAUAAUGUAACACAUGUUUGUUUAGAUAAUUUAUAAUUUAUGAUGGGAACUUAAGUAGGAGGAAAUAGAAAAUUUGAUUAUUAGGAUGAAAUAAUAGAAAAAUUUAGAAGAUUAACUAGUAAUAAUGAUAUACAUCUAACUUUGGUUAUUCAUCCAAGAAAAGUUGAUGAAAAUGAGGAUUUAACUAUUGCUUCAAUUUUUGGUUCAGCUAAAGCUACUCAAGAAGCUGAUAAUGUUUUUAUUAUUUAAAAUAGACCUAGAUAUAGAGUAUUUGAGAUUAAGAAAAAUAGAUAUGAUGGAGAAGUAGGAAGAGUUGGAUUAGGUUUUGAUGCUAAUGUAAAGUCAUUCUUUGAACUUUCAUCAACAGAAGUUAAAGAAUUAAAUGAAGAAAAAACAACAAUAUUAGAUAUUAUUAAUAAAAGAAAACAAGAAGGUAGGCAUUUUAAAUAAGAGAUAACUAUUAAUGAUAAAAAUGGAAAUAAUGAUGGUGGAAAUAAUGAAGGUGGAUCUCCUAAUAAAGGAGGAAAUCAUAAUAAUAAUAAUAAUAAUAAUAAUCCAAAAAUAUCUAAAAAUGAUAAUUUAAAUGCUUAAAAGAUUAUAUUAGAAAAUAUAGAUAUUACAGAAUAAAAUAUUUUUAAAGAUUAACAUGAUGAUGAAGAAGAUUAAAUGGCUUAAUUAGAAAAAAUGACUUUAUAAUAUGCUAAUCAAUAAAUUUCAGAAAUCAUUAUAAAUGAAAAACCUGUAAAAUUGGCUUUAGAUGAUAUUGAAGAUAUUGAAAAAAUAGAUAAAGUAGAUAAUUCUAUUGAUAAUUUAUCGAUAGAAAUUAAUGUUGAUGAAAAAAAACAAGUCCAUUAGGAUAACAUUAAUAAUUCAGAUACUUACUUAAGCUAAAGCAAUAUAAUUAGGGAAUGUGAAAAAUGUGUUAACCCAUCUAAUGACUAUCUCGAAAUAUGGAAAUUUGACUAAGAUAGUGAUUAUGGACUAGAACCAAAAAUUGGAUAAUAUGAAUUAAAAUAAGAUUAGGCUCAGCCAGAUAAUAAUUAAACUCAUUUUAAUUCUAAUGAAUUUGCAUUAUUCAAUACUGAUCCAUUAAAUAAAUUUGCUGCCCAAAAGAUUAAUAAAGAAUUAGAUUAGAUUUCAUUGAGUGAUGAAUUUUAAUCUAUUGAUGAUCAAAUAGAACUCACUAAUUAAUUUACAAAUUCAAAGAGCAAAUCAAAAAGGGCUUCUUUCAUUCAUAUUGGAUCCAAAAAGCCUUCUAAAUAAUAAUUAGAUUUAUGA